GGCGACCCAAAGCUCUCUAUCUAGUCUUCUCCCCUUUUAAUAAGAACUAACAAGAACCUCCCAUUGCCACUCUCAUCACUCCUCCCAACCCAUCCAACAAUGGCCAUCCCCAAAACCUCUAGGAUUAAACCCAAAUCCAGAUCCCCAAUUUUCCUACUCACAGCCGCCAUCUCCGCAAUCGCCCUUCUCUACUUUCUUUCUUCACUAAUCUCCACUACUGGAUCAGAUGCCCUUCAAACCCCCAUUUCAAGUAACCGUAAUUCUCUUCGCCGCACUGAUUCAGAAAAGUUUUUGUAUUGGGGUAACCGAAUAGACUGUCCCGGAAAGCACUGCGAGUCAUGCGAAGGACUCGGUCAUCAGGAGUCCAGCCUCCGCUGUGCUCUUGAAGAAGCAAUCUUCUUACGCAGAACUUUUGUGAUGCCUUCUAGGAUGUGCAUAAAUCCAAUCCAUAACAACAAAGGGAUUCUGCAUCAUUCCGACAAUGUUAGUUCAGAGGAAAGGUGGGCUGCUAGCUCUUGUGCAAUGGAUUCCUUGUAUGAUUUGGAUCUCAUAUCCAACACGAUACCUGUAAUCCUGGAUAAUUCAAAAACUUGGUUUCAAGUUAUGUCAACAAGUAUGAAGUUGGGAUCUAGAGGAGUUGCCUUAGUGGAAGGAGUUAGCCGGGCCGAUUUAAAAGAAACAAGUCAAUACUCGAAGAUUCUACUUAUAAAUCGAACUGCAAACCAUCUAUCAUGGUUCAUGGAAUGUAAGGAUCGAAAUAAUCGCACUGCUGUGUUGUUACCACAUUCAUAUCUUCCUUCAAUGGCUGCCAAAAAGCUUAGAGAUGCAGCAGAGAAGAUUAUGGCGCUUCUUGGUGAUUAUGAUGCUAUUCAUGUUCGACGAGGUGAUAUUUUAAAAACAAGAAAAGAUAGGUUCGGUGUUCCAAGGACCCUGCAUCCUCACCUUGACAGAGAUACGCAGCCUCGGUUUAUUCUUUGCAGAAUUGUGAAGUGGGUUCCACCAGGACGGAUGCUAUUUAUUGCUUCAAAUGAGAGGACGCCAAAUUUCUUUUCACCUCUUUCCGUGAGGUACAAACUAGCUUAUUCAUCAAAUUACAGCAGGAUCUUGGAUCCAGUAGUGGAAAACAAUUACCAGUUGUUCAUGAUAGAAAGGCUUAUCUUAGGUGGAGCCAAAACAUAUAUCAAAACAUACAAGGAAAUCGAUACCGAUCGCAGCCUCACAGACGAUCCCAAGAAGAAUACCAAGAUAUGGCAGGAACCUGUUUACACUAAACAAGGAUGCUGAUCCCCACAUCCCCUUCCUUUUUAUUUCUUUAUCUUUAUCUUGUAAUAUGUUUGCAUGAAGCUUCUUGUAUAUUGUGUUUCAAGUUUGUAAUACAACCAAAUAUAUGAUGAAUGAUUCUUUCAAUCCAUAUCACUUUUCAUUCAA